GAUUUCACAUCAGUCAUCACAGACCACAAAAACUUACUCAUUCAUAUUCUGCAUUCUCAAACUCUUUUUUUUUUCAUCCAAUUUCUCACAAUUUUCAUGGCUAUGCAGUCUCCUUCCUCAUCCUCUUCAUUUUCUUAUGGAUUCACUUACCAAGUGUUCCUCAGUUUUAGGGGCACUGACACUCGGUACGGUUUUACGGGCAAUCUCUACAAGGCUCUUAUUGACAAGGGAAUCCAUACCUUCAUUGAUGACAAUGAUCUUCAAAGAGGAGAUGAAAUCACACCAUCACUCAUCAAGGCCAUUGAAGAAUCUAGAAUUUUUAUUCCUGUGUUUUCUAUCAACUAUGCCUCUUCAAAAUUUUGCUUGGACGAACUUGUUCACAUUAUUCAUUGCUAUAAGACAAAGGGUCGCCUCGUCUUGCCUAUUUUCUUUGGUGUGGAUCCUACUAAUGUGCGCCAUCAUACAUGUAGCUAUGGUGAAGCAUUGGCUGAGCAUGAAAAAAGGUUUCAAAAUGAUAAGGAUAACAUGGAGAGGUUGGAGCGAUGGAAAGUGGCUCUGAGCCAGGCUGCUAACUUGUCCGGCUACCAUGAUAGUCCUCCUCGAUAUGAAUACAAGUUGAUUGGAGAGAUAGUCAAAUACAUCUCCAACAAGAUCAAUCGUCAGCCCUUACAUGUUGCUAAUUACCCUGUUGGAUUGCACUCUCGAGUACAAGAAGUGAAAUCGCUUCUUGAUGAGGGACCUGAUGAUGGGGUCCAUAUGGUUGGAAUUUAUGGGAUUGGAGGCUUGGGUAAAUCAGCACUUGCAAGAGCAAUCUAUAAUUUUGUUGCUGAUCAAUUUGAAGGUUUAUGUUUUCUUCAUGAUGUGAGAGAGAAUUCAGCUCAAAAUAACUUGAAACAUCUCCAAGAGAAGCUUCUUCUAAAAACAACUGGAUUGAAAAUCAAGUUAGAUCAUGUUUGUGAGGGGAUUCCAAUUAUAAAGGAAAGACUGUGUAGAAAUAAGAUUCUUUUGAUUCUCGAUGAUGUUGACGAUAUGGAGCAACUACAUGCUUUGGCUGGAGGACCUGAUUGGUUUGGCCAUGGAAGCAGGGUCAUCAUUACCACUCGAGACAAACAUUUACUGACCAGUCAUGAUAUAGAAAGAACAUAUGCAGUAGAGGGGUUGUAUGGGACAGAAGCUCUUGAAUUGUUGAGGUGGAUGGCUUUUAAAAAUAACAAAGUACCUUCAAGUUAUGAAGACAUUUUAAAUCGUGCAGUUUCAUAUGCUUCAGGUCUUCCCUUAGUUUUAGAGAUAGUGGGUUCCAACUUGUUUGGAAAGAGCAUAAAAGAAUGGAAGGGUACAUUAGAUGGAUAUGAAAAGAUUCCCAAUAAAAAGAUCCACGAGAUACUUAAAGUAAGCUAUGAUGCUUUGGAGGAAGAGCAGCAGAGUGUCUUUCUAGACAUUGCUUGUUGCUUCAAAGGAUGUGGAUGGGAGGAGUUUGAAGAUAUACUUCAUGUUCAUUAUGGCCAUUGCAUAACACAUCAUCUAGGAGUGUUGGCUGAAAAAUCUCUCAUUAAGAUUAGUACUUGUUACCAUUCGGGAUCUAUUGAUGUUGUAAGAGUACAUGACUUGAUAAAGGACAUGGGUAAAGAAGUCGUCCGACAAGAAUCACCUAAAGAUCCUGAAAAACGAAGUAGGUUAUGGCGUCAUGAAGAUAUAGUUCAUGUUAUAAAAGAAAACAUUGGAACUAGUAAAAUUGAAAUGAUAAAUAUGAAUUUCCACUCCAUGGAAUCCGUAAUAGACCAGAAAGGAAAGGCCUUCAAAAAGAUGACAAAACUGAGAACACUUAUCAUUGAAAAUGGACAUUUUUCUGAAGGUCUCAAGUAUCUUCCAAGCAGUUUGAUAGUAUUGAAAUGGAAAGGAUGUUUAUCGGAGUCUCUAUCAUCUAGUAUUUUAAGCAAGAAUUUCCAAAAUAUGAAAGUCUUGACAUUGGACGAUAAUGAAUAUUUAACCCACAUACCUGAUCUCUCAGGUCUUCAAAAUUUAGAAAAGUUCUCGUUUAAAUAUUGUGAGAAUUUAAUUACAAUUGACAAUUCGAUUGGACACCUAAAUAAACUUGAAAGGUUAAGUGCAUUUGGUUGCAGCAAGCUUGAACGUUUUCCACCUUUAGGUUUGGCAUCUCUUAAAGAAUUGAAUCUAUGUUGUUGUGAUAGUCUCAAGAGUUUUCCAAAAUUAUUAUGCGAGAUGACAAACAUAGACUGUAUUUGGUUGAAUUAUACUCCCAUAGGAGAAUUGCUAUCUUCAUUUCAAAAUCUGAGUGAACUUGAUGAGUUAUCAGUACGGGAAUGUGGAAUGCUGAAUGAUAAAAUGUAUUCUAUAAUGUUUUCAAAUGUGACAGAGCUUAGUCUCAAAGAUUGCAACCUCUCAGAUGAAUACCUCCAAAUAGUUCUUAAGUGGUGUGUUAAUGUUGAAGAACUAGAGUUAUCAAACAACAAUUUCAAAAUUCUUCCUGAGUGUCUUAGUGAAUGUCACCAUCUUAAGCAUCUUGAUUUGUCUUACUGCACAUCUCUUGAGGAAAUUAGAGGGAUUCCACCGAAUCUAAAAGAGCUUUCUGCAGAAGGAUGUAAAUCAUUGAGUUCAUCAAGUAGAAGAAUGUUAAUGAGUCAGCAACUACAUGAGGCUCAAUGGACCUAUUUUGUUUUCCCAAACGGAACAGAGGGGAUACCAGAUUGGUUUGAGCACCAAAGCAAGGGACCCACAAUUUCUUUCUGGUUUCGUAAAGAAAUCCCUUCUAUAACAUGUAUUUUUAUUCUUCCGGAAGGCAAAAAUGGGGUAGCUGACUCAGGAGUCAAUUAUUUUGUGAAUGGAUAUGAAAUUGAGUUAGAUGGUUCUUUUUACCAGUUUAGCUAUGUGUACUUGAAGCAGACAAGUUUGUUUCAUACCCUGAAAUGGAAUGAACUCAGUGGAAGACAAUAUGACUAUGAUAUAAUGGACAAAGUACUUUCGAAAAAUGAAUGGAUCCAUGUGGAGCUUAAGUUGGAUGAUUCGAGUUUGAAUCGACUUAGUGAGGAAGAGAUGAAUAAAAUAUUAAGGAGUGCUCAAAUCGGAAUCCACGUGUUAAUGGAGAAAAGCAACACGGAGGAGAAUGUGGUAUUCACCAAUCCUUAUAUUAGAAAGACAAAAUCAGAUGAAUAUCUUAAUGCUUCAUUAUCAUUAUCACAAGAGAAAAUGAAACGAAAGAAAUUUUCAAUCCGUAUAAAUCUUCGGAGAAAGAUUUGGGUGCUUCUUAAAUUCAGGGCUAGGUUCAGAAAACAAAAAGAGCACCGGAGCUAGAUUCUCUCAAUGGAUUGCAGAAAGGAGAAUCCGUUGCUAUCACAUAAGGAUGCUGAAUCCCUAUGGUCCAGAAAGAAUGUUGUUACAAGAAACCAUCUGUAGUCGUCUGGCCUUUUGUGUUAUCAUACGCAUUGUGUAGAGAUGGCUCACACCACAGAAUCUGUGGCUUGUCCGAAAGGUUGAACGACUAUGGUUGGACGGGUUUCUCAAACUAAACUGUUUUUACUAGAAAAGAACUUUCUGAUAUACAAAAAGUAAUUCGGGAUAAAGAACUGAACUCGAGACGCAACACUUAUUUGGUCUUUUUCAAGAGUCGCGACUUUUCUCCGGAAUCCAAGUGUAAUGAAAGUUAUUGGUAUAGCUCAAGCACUGCUCUGGUCUUGAAAUGGUGAGACCCGAUGUAUGUUCUUACGACGGAUGUUUGUGUUGCAGAUAUUGUUUGAAUUUUACGAUUUAAUUAAUGUACGUUUACAAACAUGCAUUAGCUUGUAGAAUGAAUAGCAUGGUAGAAGUACAUGUAGCUCUGGUCGUUUAUCAGGAACUUGCUGUUGCUAACUUUUGUUGUUCAAUGACGUUGAUUUUCUGAAUAUAUAAAAGAUGUUGCUACAAUCUUUUAAUAAA